AUGUGUUUGUUGUCGUACGGUUCGAAGCUGGCAAAAGAGGUCCGUCUGGUGGUACGAAUCAGCGGUGAUAACGUAUCAUUGAGGGGUCUGCGUCGAGCCUUGUAUAAUUUCUUGUUUGCUCGUGCGAACAACGGAAAAUUCAUCCUACAGCUUGCGCUAAACAGACAUGGCAGGCAACCUCGGGCCAAGAAAAUCGAAGCCCUCCUGGAUCGAUUUGGCCUGGAGCAAGAUGAAGGCCCAACAGUUGGUGGACCAUUUGCCCCAUAUUCGGUGGCCAAACGCCUGAAAACAUACGCCGAUGUGGUGGAACGUCUGAUCGAUACCCAGUGUGCUUAUCGAUGUUUUUGUUGCGGUGAUGCCUGGAAAGAGACUGAUCCGACGCUAAAGGAACCGGUGAAAUUGCCGCUCUGCAGCAGUAAAUGCGCUCUGAGACCACGGAGUGAAUCAAAAAUUAUGGCGAGGGAUGGGAUGCCGCAUACUGUUCGGCUAAAGAUUGCUGCGGGUACAUUUCAGUAUCGAGAUAUUCUGGAAGGUAUGUUACCGAGGCCCGUACCGGCCAUGGAUCAAGUGCUGCUCAGGCCCAAUUCUAUGCCUACAUCAUUUUUUGCGAACAUUGUUGAUAAUCAUACGCUCUGUGCAAGCCAUUACGUUGCUUCCACAUCACGCGAUUUUCUUCAACUUCCGCUGAUGAAACCUGAAAAACAGGAACUUGCCCAGGAAGAGCAACAGGAACUUGAUGAACAACAACUACUGCAAAUGUUUGAUAUGAUGGAUGAUAAUUUGUUGAGCGAUAUUACCCCCCUAUCAGAUCCAUUUCCCAAAGGAUCAUAA